AUGCCCACUGCCACUCGAGGCCGAACAGCCACGGCAGCUCCGAACACUCCCGUCGUGCCUGACAGACCCCUUCGGGAUUAUCGACUGGCUUUCAGCGGCAAGUUUCCUGGAUAUUCCCACAAGAAGCUUCACAGCCUUGUCACGCCCCUGGGUGCAGCCGUCACGACUGCCGUAAGUGGGCAGAACACUCACCUCAUCUGCGAUGAGAAGGAUUACCAGAAAAAUGCUCCCAAGGUCGCAGACGCAAAAGCCGCCGGCGUUGCCAUGGUCAGGCUUGAUUGGCUAGAAGAAGUAAUCAGGUUAAAGGCAAAAGUAGACCCAAAAGACUAUCUGUGGCUGACGGGAAAGGAGGAGGAGGAGGAGGAGGAGGAGGAGGAUGGUCAAGAAGCGACCCCAGCCGUCGGUGGGGACGGCAGAACAAAACCCAGCGUCGAGCGCGAAAAGAGACCAAUCGCUGCUGCAAAUUCCAACACCGGCAAUGGAGCUGAAGGCGAGGCUCACGAUUUUGAGCCAAAGCCAAAAAGACACAAAGGGAAAGGGAAAGCGGCCAAGAUGGAGGAGGAGCAAGCAGACCAAGACGGCAAGAAUGUUGCCGAGCCAGUGACCAUGGAAAAGAAACUACCAAUUCUCGGCAACGGCCAAUGCCUAAGGAGAAAGAACAUUCUCAUCCCCGUCGAUACGCAUUGUCCCUUGUACAACUACUCAGUCUAUGUUGAGUCAAUGAGUGGAAUGAUCUACGAUGCUGCUCUGAACCAAUCAAACACCUCAAACAAUCACAACAAGUUUUACCGUUUGCAGAUCUUGACCAACGGCUCUACCUGCAAAACUUGGACUCGAUGGGGCCGCGUCGGUGAAAUGGGACAGCAUGCCAUUCUCGGCGACGGCUCUCUCGACGACGCCAAAAGACACUUUGAAAAGAAGUUCAAGGACAAGUCUGGACUGGCCUGGAGAGAGAGAAACAACAACCCCAAGCCAAAUAAAUACGCCUUUGUGGAACGUAGCUAUGAUGACGACUCUGAUGACGACCAAGGCGGCGACGCCGACGGUGCCAAAGAAAAAGACCAAGAAGGAUAUAAGCCCCCAGAAUGCACCCUUUCGGAACCAGUACGCCAAAUCAUGGAACUUAUCUUCAAUCAAAACUACUUCUACGCCACCAUGACCUCGCUCAACUACGAUGCCGACAAGUUGCCCUUGGGCAAGCUCAGCAAGACCACCAUUCUGCGCGGGUUCCAGCAGCUCAAGGACUUGGCAGCUUUGAUGGACGAUCUGUCCCUAGCAUCGAGCCGGUGGAACAUGAUGCCGAGAGACGCCAUGGAGAAUCUAUCCAACACUUACUAUUCGCUCAUUCCACACGCCUUCGGCCGCAACCGUCCGCCAGUAAUCAGUGACGAAGUCCGUCUUCGGAAAGAAAUUGAGCUGCUGGAGAGCUUAUCUGACAUGAAGGAUGCUUCAAACAUCAUGAAGAUUGAUCGAUCAAAAGCAAGUACGGUCCAUCCAAUGGACAGCCACUAUCUCGGGCUGGGCAUGGACGAAAUGACACCUCUGCAACACGACAGUAAUGAAUUUGGCCUCCUCGCAGCUUACCUGAACGGAUCAAGAGCGUCCGCUCAUGGGAUCAACUACAAGGUACACAACAUCUUCCGCAUCCAGCGCUCCGGUGAGCAAGAGCGCUUCAACGGUUCGCCGUUCGCAAGGAUUCCUUCCGACAGACGCCUACUGUGGCACGGAUCUCGAUGUACCAACUUUGGCGGUAUUCUCAGCCAGGGCCUUCGGAUUGCUCCCCCAGAAGCGCCGGUUUCGGGAUACAUGUUUGGAAAGGGUAUCUAUCUGGCAGAUAUGUCGACCAAGUCUGCCAACUACUGCCGCUCAAACGUCUCCAACCGCCAAGCACUCCUCCUUCUUUGCGAAGCCGAGCUGGGUGAUCCUCUGCAAAAAUUAACAAAUGCCUCGUCCAGUGCUGGCGAAGAAGCGAAAAGCAAGGGCAUGUAUAGUACAUGGGGUAUGGGCAGUACAGGACCAUGCAAGUGGGCGGAAGCCAGCAAAGUGCAUGAAAGUUUGAAGGGCGUCAAGAUGCCCGACCCCGAAGCCGCACCCGGCCCAACGAAUGUCGAGGGUUCGUGUCUAGCUUACAAUGAGUACAUUUGCUACGACGUCGCUCAGGUCAAGCUACGAUAUCUCUUCCACGUCACAAUCUGA